UUUUUUUUUUUUAAAUGACAAUCUCCUCCAGCAACUCUUCUUCAAAGCAACGAAAUCUCGGUUUAUUGGAAAAGUACCAAGCAUCCAAGACUUUGACUCAAGGCUAUGGUUCGGUAACUUGUACAGCACAAGUUCGUCAUCAAAUACAACGCAAGGAUAACGCUACAACAUUUUACUUGACUCAGUUCCACCCAGCCAUCACUCGCUUAGUACAAAGAUACCCCUUUCUUAGUCUUGUUGUCCGCGAUUUUGGUCAAUCUACAGCUCACUUUAUUCAUGUCUCCAGUUUCUCCCUUUCUAGUAUGAUCCAUGUCACUACAUCACCACCACCAUUAGAUGAAGCCAUCGCCUCAGCUUGUGACAAAGAAUUACUAUCUACGGACUCUGAUACCGAUAUUCCUCCCUGGCGAUUACACAUUCUGGUUCAACCUGAUAAGCUUGAUGAAUGUACUAUUAUAUUUAUUGCACAUCAUAUUAUCAUCGAUGGAAAGAGUUUGGCUUUAUUUUGGGCGGCCUUUCUACAAGAAUUGAACAAUGAUAAUGAUAUCUCAACAACUAUUCAAACAUCAUCACCUAAUAAAGACGAUUCUUGGUUAGUUCAUACUGAUACACUUGCACCAAUGUCUUUACCAUCACCUAUGGAACUUCGAUCAGAUAUCCCAAAGCCAAGUGUAUUUGAUUAUGCGUCUCUGUUUGGUGGCAUACUGAAGAAAUGGAUUCCUUUUGGACGACAAAUGGAAUUCUGGGAAGGUGACUCAGCAGCAGUAGACGGCGAGGCACACAGCACGAUGAUCAAACUCCGGGAAUUAGGUGGCGAUGCUUGGAAGAUGGUGUUACAAUUGGCGAAACAAAAAUACAAUAAUAUUUCGAUCCAUGCUGUGGUUCAUGCUGCGUUCUUGUUGGCCUGGGCGGAAAUUUACCCUGAUCAAGCAACCAUGAUGACAACUCCAAUCAACUGUCGUCAACAAGCCAAUGCUCACUUGGAAAUCGGUAACUUUGUUGGUGUUUAUGAACAUGCUUGGACACCUGAUGUACUAUUGAAUCCACCUUCCUCUUUGACUGAUGACGUUCCCUUAGUUUGGCGAUUGGCUCACCAUUAUCAUACUAUACUUCAAACAAAAAAACAUCGAUCCUGUGUUGGUGCACAUUUUCUUGGUCUCUUAGAUUACCCAAAUGGCUAUAUCGAUUAUUGGAAAGGUAUCAGAAAGGAACAUCGGAUGGGACGUGCGGGUGGAUUGGAACACUCUGAUCUUGGUCGGUUUGAUGAUCCUGGACAAAACAACCCUUGGACUUUGGAUUCUCUUUGGUUUUCCCAAUCUGCUCAGAUUUUUAGUAUGGCUUUGGGACUCAAUACCAUCACGCUCAACAAUGUGAUGUACGCUAGUUUUGUUUGGCAAUAUGGAUCCUUGGAUGAAGCAAAGGUGACUUUGGUGAUGGAUCGAUUUAUAGAUAUUCUUCAGCAUAGUGUACAACAAUAGCUUUUUUUUUUUUUCGUGAAUAAAGCCUGCGGAUAUUAAAUACUCUUUUC